AUGCAGGCCAACCAACUUCGUGCCAGAUUGUCUCGAGUCGUCGAGCACCGCAAGCAAAGCGUGACGCACCAUAAAGUUAAAUGCAAAGCGAGUGAAGCACAUGAACUUGAAGCGGAGGAAAAUGAGGGGAAAUACUAUUGGUUUAACACAGUCACGAACUACCCUCCUGUCAUCCCAUUCGCAGUCAACGACAGCGCUCCGGGCCGCCUGAAAGACACGGCCACAAACUUGAAGAAUGGGCAAGGAUUCACCGUGAACAUCAUCAGCAAGGCAUUUGUCAAGAACGCAAAUGCAACUGCUAUAGAUGCUCCUCGCAACUUCGACGAGUGCACCUUCAUAACACGAUAUAUGCGCUAA